CCUGUCCUUAGCUGUUCUGGGUUGCAGAGGGAAAAGGUUAAUGCGCAGGAAGGGGGAGCGAGAAAAUCGCCUCUUUUUAACGCAUAAUUCAAUCGUUUUCGUCGACUUUUAAUUGCGGAAUUGUUCGAUCUCCGGAUGGAUUUCUCUAUAUUGUAAAGUUCUAUGUAACCCGUGCAAUUUUGUUGCAUUGGGGCUCUGCGCACAAAAGCAACGCGAACUCUCGUUGCUGCGGACACCGAAGGCCGUGGGUCAUUUGGCUCGUUGGGUUUUUGCCGAUUAUCUAUUUAAAUGUUCGCAAAGGAGAGAAGAUUGAAAAGGAGAAAAUCCGGUGUGUCUCUUUCUUAUUAGAGGAAUAUGUUUGCUUCCUGGCUGACUUUUGCACUUCUUUUGGUAACUUUUUGUGCAGGACCCAGCCAUGGAGAGGUGGAGACCCGAGAGUGUUUAUACUAUAACAUCAACUGGGAGAUUGAGAAGACCAACCAGAGUGGUGUGGAGCGCUGCGAGGGCGAGAAAGACAAGCGCUUGCACUGCUACGCCUCCUGGAGAAACAACUCGGGCACCAUUGAGCUGGUGAAGAAGGGCUGCUGGCUGGAUGACUUCAACUGCUAUGACAGGCAAGACUGUGUGGCCACAGAAGAGAACCCCCAAGUCUUCUUCUGCUGUUGUGAGGGAAAUUUCUGCAAUGAGAGAUUCACUCAUCUUCCUGAUGUGAAUGGACCAGUGAUUGCGACCCCUCCCCCAGUGCCCUCUCUGCUCAGUGUGUUGGUAUACUCUCUGUUGCCUAUCACUAUGCUAUCCAUGGCUCUGCUACUGGCCUUCUGGAUGUACCGCCAUCGCAAGCCGCCCUAUGGACACGUUGACAUCAAUGAACAGGAUCCUGGCCCAGCACCUCCUUCACCCCUGGUCGGACUGAAACCUUUGCAGUUGCUGGAGAUUAAAGCCAGGGGUCGUUUUGGCUGUGUGUGGAAGGCACAGCUGAUGAAUGAGUAUGUUGCUGUGAAGAUCUUUCCCAUUCAGGACAAGCAGUCAUGGCAGAACGAGAGGGAUAUGUUGACCAUGCCAGGGAUGAAACAUGAGAAUUUACUGCGCUACAUCGCUGCGGAGAAGAGGGGCACGAACCUGGAGGCGGAGCUUUGGCUCAUCACGGAAUUCCACGAGAGGGGUUCCCUGACAGACUAUCUGAAAGGCAACGUGGUGAGUUGGAAUGAACUGUGUCACAUUGCUGAGACCAUGGCGUGUGGUCUAGCAUACCUACAUGAGGAUGUACCUCGAUACAAAGGAGAAGGCCCCAAACCUGCUGUCGCUCACAGGGACUUUAAAAGUAAGAACGUGAUGCUGAAGACAGAUCUGACAGCAGUCAUUGGAGACUUUGGUCUAGCCGUGUGUUUUGAGCCGGGGAAACCUCCUGGGGACACACACGGCCAGGUUGGCACACGGAGGUAUAUGGCACCAGAGGUGCUUGAGGGAGCCAUUAACUUCCAGCGGGACGCCUUCCUCAGGAUAGACAUGUACGCCAUGGGUCUCGUGCUCUGGGAACUGGUGUCACGCUGCAAGGCAGCCGAUGGCCCUGUGGAUGAGUACAUGCUCCCCUUUGAGGAGGAGAUUGGGCAGCAUCCAUCUCUGGAGGAUCUCCAGGAGGUUGUGGUCCACAAGAAGAUGCGGCCAGUCUUUAAGGACUGGUGGCUGAAGCAUUCUGGUUUGGAGCAGAUGUGUGAGACCAUAGAGGAAUGCUGGGACCACGACGCUGAGGCCCGUCUCUCGGCCGGCUGUGUCGAGGAGCGCAUCUCCCAGAUCCGACGGCUCACUAGUGCCACUACCUCGGACUGCCUGGUAUCCAUGGUGACAUCUGUCACCAACGUGGACUUGCCACCCAAAGAGUCCAGUAUCUGAGUCCCACUGCGACGCAGACAACUUAACAAAACAUACAAACGGGAAAAAAAAACCCAAGCAAGCAAACAAAACGACCCUCGUCUUUCCAGACUCAGCGGAUCUCAGACAACAACGUGAAUG